CACCCCGUCAAUUUCACAUUAUCCACUUAAUCCACGUAACCCACCCCGCCAAUUUCACAUUAUCCACAUAAUCCACAUAACCCACCCCGCCAAUUUCACAUUAUCCACAUAAUCCAUAUAACCCACCCCGCCAAUUUCACAUUAUCCACACAAUCCACAUAAUACGCGAUAUCUUCAUUAAUCAUUAUCAGCCACAACGCCGGAAUGCGGAAACAGGAGAAGCGUUAUAUGAUCUUCCUGUUCUUCGUCAAGACUUAUCAAUGUCCUUGUUGGCUCGAUUAGCACAGCUUUUUGCAGUGAAAGCUGAAACCAGUAAGGAUGCCAUGAAUCACCUAUGCACCAAUUUUGCUGUCUUUCUCAAGCGUGUAUGGGUCGCAUAUCUGAGUCAUCUGCGCCAUGAACAUAACCUUACCUUUCGAAUCAGAAUCUCUAGCAUGGCAAAACAAAUCUGUAAUUUGAUCACAACGCACAGAACUCAUUUGAUUCAGCGUUUAAUUGAACGAAUUCCAGCCGCAAUCUUUACUGAGGUGCUUCAAUAUUUCAACCAACACACUGCACGAUUCGAACAAGCAUAUGCCGGCGUGAAUAUCGCACGCAUAGUACAGCGACCAUCCAUAUCUGGCCCUGCAAUGCUAGUGAAUUCGCCAUCCUUUUAUAUCUGGCUGUCACUUGAAGCCCAGCCUUUCCAAUUCUGUCCCAAGUGGACUCCACUGCCACUUGCCAGUCACCGCAUUGGAUUCAUGCCGGUGGACCUUGAAACUAUGUAUUACAUCGUACGCGAAGUGGACGAGCGAGAUCCUGCACAAGUGCCUGAUAAUAUUGUGAGACCAAAUAACGUUCCUGGUUGUGGACGUUGCUUGUCAUAUCGUGUUUUCAGACAGCAAGAUCCUGAGCUGCUUGAAGGCUUCUGGGAGCCGCUAUUUAAUAUCGGUCACGUAGAGCCGCGACGUUGCCGAUACGCAGUCGAAGGUCAAGGUGUUGUGCCCCCAGAAGACCGCGAGCUCAAACUCUUUGAUCAAACAUUUGAAACGGAUGGUGUCGCUAUUGUGUUCCAUUUUCGCAGGCCUGUGACAACACGACGUGGAGAGUAUAUGCCUUCUAGCUCCAAACAAAUUAAACGCUUUCCUCGUGAAAUUGACGUCACACAGUGGAGAAGAGGAAUGUAUCAUCUUUCCAAGGAGCCAGAUGGUCUUGAUGCAGAGCGGCUUCAUAAUUUUCGAACAGUGUUCAUAGACCCAGGCAUCCGGUCUCUGGUCACUGCUGUAGACACUCUUGAGCCGCUCGAAACACCUGAAGCGAGAGCAGAGCACGUAUAUCAGCUAAAUAACAGAACAUACCCGUUCCAGUCCAUGUUCAAGUGGGCGCUCCAAAAGGAAAACAAAAAUCGAGCACGCUAUGCUCAUGUCGAGCGACAGGCUCAUCCGGAUCAAGAUAUCCCGGAGAUACAGGGGGUGUAUGAUAUGUUGAGAGGACAUCCGGCUUCAGCGCCUACCUCGGAAGGUUUCUGAAACUACAUCAGAAUGUUGAGUGGCGUGCACAGACAGUAAGUUACCCAGCUAUGUCGAUAUAUACUGGAACACCGCGAUCAUCAUUUUGGCAUGAGUAUUCACUCUACUUUUUUUAUUUAAGAAAAAAUAGCGUCCAUGAACAAUUUAACAAACAUUUUUUUCACCGGGAAACGUUACUCACUCUUUUUUCUGCGCGCAAAAGUGCAUUGGAAAAUCUUGCCAACAGAUUGAUAGGGUUGGAUCACCGUGACGAUGUAAGUAUCU